AUGUCGUACGCAUAUCUUUUCAAAUACAUCAUCAUUGGAGACACAGCUGUUGGAAAAUCUUGUUUGCUGCUUCAAUUCACGGACAAACGGUUCCAGCCUGUAUAUGAUCUGACCAUUGGGGUUGAGUUUGGAGCUCGAAUGGUAAACAUUGGUGACAAGCAGAUAAAGUUGCAAAUAUGGGAUACAGCUGGACAAGAAUCAUUUCGGUCCAUAACCAGAUCAUAUUAUCGGGGAGCAGCUGGAGCCCUCUUAGUUUACGAUGUUACCAGACGUGACACAUUUAACCAUCUUGCAUCUUGGUUACAAGAUGCUCAGCAACACGCCAGUCCAAAUAUGGUUAUUACACUAGUUGGAAAUAAGUGUGAUUUGGAUGCUAGGCGAGAGGUCAAACAAGAAGAAGGCGAAUCUUUUGCUCGAGAGCACAAACUGUUAUUUGUAGAAACAUCAGCUAAAACUGGAACAAACGUCGAACAGGCAUUUUCUGCAACUGCACGCGCAAUCUAUGAACGUCUACAACAAGGUCUUUUAGAUAUCAAUAACGAUGCAAAUGGUAUUAAAUUAGGUCCUCAACAAAUAGGUAAUCGGCAAACGGGUUCCUACGGUCCUGUCGGGUCAGAUUCAGAUUCAGGUAACACGCUCAGAAAACGUUGUUGUUAA